AUGAAGGGAUCUUUUUCGACAGAAAAGGCUCUCAUUUCUUUAUACUUGCUCUCUGUGGAGCCUUUUCAAUUGGGUCAUUCUCAAAUGAAAAUCAGCAAUUCUUGACAAAAUCACUUAGCAGCUGAGGCUGGUAUACCACUCUCCAUUUUUCGAACACGCAUUCUGGAGCUGCUGACAAAAAAAAUCAAGCCACCACUAAAAAGCGGAAAUAGUUCUUAG